CAAGUGAAUUCGCGAGAACGCUGCCGAAAUAACAACAGCUUGGUGUCGCGCUCGGAUUAUUUUCCGAAUUUCCGGCGAAAAAACCCUUGAAAACCUUACUAAAUUUUGCUGAUUUCUUGACCGGAACGAACCAGCAACCUCCCCACAAUGGAUGAUGGUGAUUUUGAUAACGACGAUGUCGGCGGGGACGAGUUCGAUGACGUCGAGGAGGACGACAACAUCGACGAGAUCAACCAGGAGGAGGACGGGGACAACAUCGAGCUGAUUACGCCGGGCCAGGCCGGUGGCGGCGUUCCCAAGUCCAAGCGGAUCACCACCAAGUACAUGACCAAAUACGAGCGGGCCCGGGUGCUGGGAACGCGCGCGCUGCAGAUUGCGAUGUGCGCCCCGAUUAUGGUGGAGCUGGAGGGCGAAACGGACCCGCUGCAGAUCGCGAUGAAGGAGCUGAAGCAGCGCAAAAUUCCAAUCAUCAUCCGGAGGUACCUGCCGGACGCUUCGUACGAGGACUGGUCCAUUGACGAGUUGAUCAUUAUCGAUCAUUAGAGAGGCGUUUAGGAUUGAAUUUCUCAUUGCUGUAAGGUUCCAUAUUUUAAUAUUUUUAAGGGUAUUUAAUAAA